AUGCAAACGAUUGUUUGUUUAGGAAAAACGGGUAAAGCAGACCAACGCUUACAAAAUCUAUUUUACCGUAAAUCAAAACUCGAGAGUGUCAAUGAAACGUCUGCAUUACUCAGCGGAUUUGCUAUCGUUGCAAUCGUAGAAUUAUCGUUAGAUUCGUACAAAGAUCAUAGUUCAAAUGAUAAUCUACUCGUUUGCUAUGCUAUUAUCUCAUGUCUGUUAGUUGGAAUACAUCUUCUUGCAUUAUUGAUGUCGAUGUGUAUUUUACCUGAAUUGAAAAGUGUAAUCCGUCAAAGUGAUGUGUGGAUAAAUAAUGAAAAUAGUAAACCGCUAUCGUCGUUGAAUAUUUAUAUCGAAAUAGCUUGGGUCGUUUCGACUGGACUUGGCUUAUUUUUAUUUAUAAUCGAAUUGGGAAUUAUCAUUUGGAUUAAAGUUAGUGGAUUCUCUCGUCUAGCGGCAAUAUCAGCGCUUGUGACACUGUGUCUUGUUGGCUGUCCAUUUAUUUUAUUCGCAAUUGGUUUUUAUUUUCGUGUCACGCGAGCCAAAGUUCAUUUACAUCAAACGGAUUUGGAAAAGAUCGAACAGGGAGCUAUUGCUCGGGGACUUUUACUCAACAAUCCUGUUGUUACGCCGACCACAACUGUAGAAUUUCAUAUCGAUGGAAAUCAUUAA